AUGGGACCUUCGCACUCCACUGCUCCUGCCGCUUGGUACACAAACAUGGCUAAGGAUGACUCGGACGACGCAGUAGGUGCCAUCAUAGCAGUCCCACCAUCUCUUGAACCGGACAACUAUAAGCAAGAGCCAGGUUAUCAACAUGGCCUUUAUGCGGACCUUCUGUUUCGACCGAUUGGUUAUGAAAUCCCACCUAUUUUGCCUAUUCAGUAUCGCGAUGAUGGCUUCAGUGAGUUGCACUCUUGGUAUGCCCAGAACCAGCACAGAAUUGUGUCGGAACAAACCCAGAUGCCUCAGGUACAACCAGUAUACAUGCCUUAUACAGGCCUCUAUGCAGUACCUGCCUAUGGCAAUACCCAAAUGCCUCCAUCGCAACGCCCUGAGGCACGACCUCGACUGCACCCAUGUGCCAAUCUCCUGCACUCUUCUCCCGAACAACUAACAUCUCAACUAUCACCUUUUCAGAUGUCCCCGCCCAUCCAGGAGUGGCCAACACACAACUUGAGAAUGGAUGAGACUGCCCGAAAGAAACGAGAAGAGUUCCUACAAAAUGAGGAGGCAAAACGGGCUGAACAGGCACAAAGGAUACAAUCAACACCGUCAAUGCAGUGUGGUGUACCUCCUGCACCUCCUUCUUGUCCUCAAAACAAUGGAAAACGCAAAUCCCGUGAUGAAGAUUUACCGGCGCCGUCUAAUCCUCCGCGACGUUACCGCACCCUUAUUCCAGGCCCUGCACCUAAGGAGCUUCCUCAAUCCUCCUACCCAUGCGGGAGUCAAAAUGGUAUUCAGUCUCAGCCAUCGGGCCCUGGUUCUUCGUACAGUUUCCGUCACUCCGUCUAUGAUCCCAUGCGCGCUGCUAAUGAAGAGAAUCAAUCUUACAGCCCUUCCAUAGGUCAUGGAUCUUCGGCUGCAAGGCUUGGUCUGCAACCCCAAGUGUACGCACCUGCUCCACCACCUCGCCACCCUAUCCCUAUCUCAUCAUUAUCCCAUGUGCAGCGGCCCCCGGAUAAGCCAGCACUGCAUGAUCCCUCACUGAGCGAAGGAACCCGGCAGCGUAUUACAGACAAGUACGAAGCCUAUAAAUGGCCAGUGUGGCAUUAUGAGCUUCGCUCGGGCACCAGGUUCGAUUUUGCCCAAUCAUACAUUGACUACUGCCUUGAGAGAGCCGCUUCUCUUCCACAGAAACCCAAAUGGCACUGUCAUAUAACCACUGGCUUCAUAAAGGGAGGUACCCGAUUCUCUGUUCUCGUACUCCACAACGCCGCGAAUCCAUUCCAAUGGGGCCCGACGGCUGAAACCACAACGACCAUCGGUGUAUACGGACGCUACGCACAUACACACGAGGAGAUACGCUGGACGACCAUCACUCCGUGGCGAGCAGCCCUGUUCAAUGCCAGUUCCGACCUUAUUCUGAAGGAAAAAUGGGACUUUGACAUGCCCAAGGCCAGCGAUCGCCGCUUCCAUCGCGCCUACUGGCUUGCAGCCAACAUGCUCCCACUGAAGGGAUUGCUCAAUCAUUGCAUUCCACAUGAGAAGCCCCAUGAUGCCCUUGAGGAAGGUGAGGCUGAUGAAAAGUUUGAGAUUAAAAAGGAAGAUUUGCAGUGUACGUGGAGUAAUGGGCAGAUGCCAAAGGAACAUUGCGAAAAGGUGUGGCAGAAGAUACUUGAAGAGAUCGAAGGCAAGGAGAUGUCACAGCUGGGAUCGGAUCAUAUUACUGUUGGUAGUACGGAGAGGGAGUACGAGGUGGACUGA